UAAACAAAUUUGGAUUCCGAAUCAAAGAUCGUCCACUUGUAGUUUUCAUCUUCUCCCUUCGCUUUGGAAAUGAGUCCAGAUUAGUAAGUCAUUCCAUUUUCUGUCGUUUCUAAUAUGCUGCGGUUGCAGUGAUUACUUGUUCAAACUAUUGUUGAUCGGAGACUCGGGUGUUGGCAAGUCCUGCCUCCUUCUACGCUUUGCGGUUGGUUUUCUGCGUUUAAAUAAUCGUUCGCUAUAGGAUGACACGUAUAAUGAAACGUAUAUCAGUACUAUUGGCGUUGAUUUCGUACGUCACUUUCAUAUUUUGUUAUGUUUGCUGUAGAAAAUCCGAACCAUUGAACUUGAUGGGAAGAUUGUGAAGCUACAGAUUUGGGACACAGCUGGCCAGGAGCGUUUCCGCACGAUAACAUCGUCUUAUUAUCGAGGAGCACAUGGAAUUAUCGUCGUUUACGACAUAACGGAUCAAAGCUCCUUCAAUAGCGUUCAUAGCUGGCUGGAGGAAAUCAAGUGCUAUGCAGAUUCCAAGGUGCUGCGCUUAUUGGUGGGAAACAAGUGCGAUCUGGAGCCUAAGAGUGCGGUUCCUACUGCGACGGCCAUGGCCCUUGCUGAUGAGCUCCACAUGCCUUUCUUGGAGACAAGUGCCAAGGACGCGACCAAUGUCGAGCAAGCAUUUUUCAAGAUGGCUCAACAGAUUGCGGCCAACGCCACCUCGAUGCCAGGAAUGCAAUCGGCCACGGUAACGGUCAACAAUGCACAACCAGUUAGACCGAGUGGCGGGUGCUGUUAAUUCAUUCAAACCCUAUCCACACUGCCAAUCUGUUUCCAUUAUUUCCUUGUUUCCGUAACGGUAUGCUCUCUGAUUGUGUGCGCACCAAGUUACAAAAUCGGUUUCUCAUCUUUAUCUCGAACUUGUGAUAUUAUUUUGUACUUCAAGUUUCGGUGACUCUGCCUUUCUCAUGUUAUGUCGCCUAAACACCCAUACACAAUAGGCAGAAUAGUAUCAUUGGUCCCUCGACACACUGGCUUUUCUGUAACGAUCCGAGUGUUUGCCAUCCGUCCCGGCUCCGCAAAUAUUCCUCUCUGGAGCUUUGCUUACGGUGUUUGAUUGGUGACACCGUAGCAAAGUUCGUUCCGAUUGUUUGUUGGAUCUCACUUUAGGAUUCGUCACUCACAUCACCAUCACUCUCUAAUUCUCUGUCAGAUCUUUUCUCUGCCCGGAAUCAAAACUACAACCGAAGGUCAGAACGCUUCAUGUACCAUAUCUGUAUGUUGGAAUCCUUGAUAAACACCAGCCACGAAUACAAGCGCUGAUUUUACCUCGUUUUUUUCUCGAAUUUUUAACGGGUCUGCAGCCUUUUGUUUAUAUCGGACUUUCUUAUACUUUUUAAGUCAUAAUUUGAACCCGACCAACUUUUCUUUUCAAUCAAAUGGUGUUGGAUAUUUUUAUCCUAUAGACAGUAAAACCGUAUUUCACGACGAAAAUGCAGGAUCAUUGAUCAUUUUUAGGACUGUAUAUACAUUCGUUUCUGAGCCGGUAUAGUUCGUGGCGUUGUGUGAGCUAACUCAUGUUUCCAUAGGCAAAGAGUAAUCUAUUCUUUCUUCCGAAUGUCCCACAUUUCCUCUCUGGUCAUAACAAUAGGUACUUUUGCGUGUCUCGAUGUGGACGUUGCUAACUCGCUCACUCCGUAAUUCCAGGUUUUC